GAGUACUACAUUUCAUUUGCUACCGCAUUAAAUAUACAUAUUAUUCGUAUUUAUAUAUAACCUGGCAGGUUGAAUUUGGUGGGUAGGGUGGUGCCGUUGACUCGGACCGGGAAAUUAACCUCCAAGUCCCGAGAGUGGGGGUAUUCCAAGGUCAUUUGAGGGGUACUUCUGGUGUUCAGUGGGGUAGUUCAGUCCCGUGUAAGGGGGUGGUUCGGAAUUGUCAUUCUCAAGGGUGGGUUGAUAUCUGAGUGUACAUAAUAGAGUGUAGGGUGCUAUGACCAACUGCAAAUACCCCUAGGACUGGGUCAUACGAAGUCGCCUUAUCCCUAUAUUCGACAAUGGGGUCAUCAAAAAUUUACCGUCGGGUAGGCGUAUCCUUGUUGGUACACUGUAGCCUGGAGUACCCCUAGAAUCCCCUAGCCCGUGUGGUGUUGACUAGGGGUAGUAAUCCCCCACCGUCACCCAGUAAACUUGUGAGGACCCUGCGUUUCUAAAGAGAAGCUGAGGGUAGGGGUCCGAUGCUCCGGGGGACCAAUGGUAGAGGACCCCUCCUUUCCCCUAGCGCGAAAUAUGAAAGAGUGGGGUCCACUGGCUCUUCGUCUCCGCCGCCUCGCCAUGCCGCUGAUCCACACCAUCAUCAUCCCCCACCACCACAUGCUUGCCGGCGGCCACCCGCCAGGAGAGCCCACCUUCGACGCUGCUGGCUACAACAGCGGCUCCGGCAUCUACCAGUGGACUGGAAACUCGUUGGGCUAUGGACUGUCGGGCCAGACUACUCGCUCUGUCUGCAAGGACUAUGACAAGUAUCUCCGUCAGCAAGGCUGGACCAAGCCAGGACAGCUCUCAGAGUGGAACCCCGGCUGCAGAGGACAUGACGUCUCCUACAACGAGUGGUACUCCCUGGAUGACAGCCCCUCCCCCUUCAAGCACAACACCACCCCUGUCGACGUCGGCUCAGUCGAGCCAUGGCUCUCCAACGUCGGCGGAGGCAUCUACUAA